CCAGCCCUAGUGAUCGCCUGCAGGGACCACGCAAACAGAAGCCUCCAGAGAGGUCGUCUUCUCCAGGGUGCUUGAAGUCUAUUUUUGAGAACUAUGGCAGGGAAAGACCUCCUCCAUUGGCACCUGCUGGCUUUGCUUCUCCUCCCUUUUUGCCUGGGUCAAGAUGAAUACAUGGAGGUGAGCGGAAGAGCUAAUAAAGCGGUGGCAAGAAUAGUGCAAAGCCACCACCAGACUGGCAGGAGGGAAAAAGUGAGAGAGCGGAGCCAUCAUAUAGCGGGGACUGUGGAUAAUAACACGUCUACAGACCCAAAGUCCCUGAGGCCAGAGGUUCUGUCGCACCCUGAGUUUAAUGAUCUGGCCCAGAUCACCUCAUACAGGGUCCAGACAUCUCAAGCUGGAGCACUUCCACCUGACUGCAGCAAGUGUUGCCAUGGAGAUUUUGGGUACCGAGGCUACCAAGGCCCUCCUGGACCACCUGGCCCCCCUGGAAUCCCAGGAAAUCAUGGAAAUAAUGGCAAUAAUGGAGCCACUGGCCAUGAUGGGGCAAAAGGUGAGAAAGGAGACAAAGGAGACCUGGGUCCUCGAGGAGAGAGAGGGCAGCACGGCCCUAAAGGAGAGAAGGGCUAUCCUGGGAUUCCUCCUGAAUUGCAGAUUGCCUUCAUGGCAUCCAUGGCUACUCACUUCAGCAACCAAAACAGUGGAAUCAUCUUCAGUAGUGUGGAAACCAACAUUGGAAAUUUCUUUGAUGUCAUGACUGGAAGAUUUGGGGCCCCAGUGACAGGGGUCUAUUUCUUUACGUUCAGCAUGAUGAAGCAUGAAGAUGUGGAAGAAGUGUAUGUGUACCUGAUGCACAAUGGUAACACGGUCUUCAGCAUGUACAGCUAUGAAUCAAAAGGAAAAUCAGAUACAUCAAGCAAUACUGCAGUACUGAAACUGGCCAAGGGGGAUGAGGUUUGGCUGCGGAUGGGGAAUGGAGCUCUACAUGGAGAUCACCAACGCUUCUCCACAUUUGCAGGCUUCCUGCUCUUUGAAACCAAGUAAAAAAAAAAAAAGAAGAAAAAGAAAAAAAAACCAUCUGCAUGGGGGCGGGGAAGUUUUGUUGUCCAGGGGUGAUAAUUCUUAUGCUAUUUCUUACAGUCUGAGGAAGAUUUGAGAGUUGUGGAACAACAUGUCAGGAUCAAGAGAACUAGUUCUGAUGCUUUACACAGACAAGCAUCAACAUAGGCAGCCAACACUUUUGGGGACCAGUAUAGAUUUAGGGACUCAGGAUGAUGCAGCCAACCUGUGAAACAGUCACCAAAGACAGUCUGUGCUAAAACGCUCAGCAUCUUAAUCAUAUUCCACCAAACACCGGAAAAAGAAUUCCUUUUUGCCAAGGGGUGGGGGGCAGAGAGGACUGUUUAAAAGUUAUUUGACAAGAGCUUUCAGGGUCAAUCUGUCUCAUCGGAGGCCUUCACACUGAUCAUUUCAAUAUAAGCCAACGCUUGUCAUAACCACAUACAGUACUUGCCUAAACCAACUGGUCCUAAGUAAGCUCCUCGUGAAAGGACAAGGAAAACAGAAAGUCCUUAAGGAUUAACUCCUUUGAAGAUUCAACAUCAAGCUAUAAGUUGCUGCUGUGAGAUCCCAUACUCCCUGUGAAUUCAGUUCAAACCCAUUUCAGAGCAAAGCAGAAAUGAACUUGGUGCUUAGGUACCCUGCUAGAUUAGGUUUCUCUUAAGAACCAAUCGAUCAACAAGCAUUUAUUAAGGACCUACUAUGUGCUAGUGCUCAGUGCUGGAGACACAAAGAAAAAAAAUGAAACAAUUGUGGAAAAAUGAAUUUAAAUGUAAAUUAAGCAAGUGGCAAGAACUUUACCAAUGGAAAUCUGAUGUUAUCUAAUAGGUUUCUGUUGGGAGUGGGAAGAGUGUUCAUCAGCACAGCUUUUCAAAGGCCUGUGUUCUGGCACGUGGAAGCUAGACCAUCCAUUCUCAUGAAACAGUAGCAUAGUCUAACACUGAAGAGAGAAAUCUUGAUGACCUAGCUUUUAUACAAGAGUUGGGGGUGCAGGGUUUGGGGAAGGGAUUUGUCACGUUCCAACGACUUUUCUAGAAACUGAGUCUAGGAAGUGUUUUAAGUAACUGAAUGUCUAGAUUCCAAAUCAUCCCUUGACUUUUGAAGGUCUAAGGUGAGACGGAGGGAAGAUGGUGACAACUGAGAUGGAAUUGUGGGAGACUAAAAGACUAAAGUGUAGGAGAAAGAGCAGGAGCUCUGGUGUUGACGGAGGCUGGAGCUGUAGAAAGCACCUAGACUCCCAGGACCCACAUGCCAGACAACUUGGCAGCUUCAGGGAAGGUCCAUCAGGAAGUGACUUUUUGAUCUUGUGGACUGCUAAUCAGUGAAUAUAGCCCAGAUGUUUAGGAGUCUUAACCCUUUAAACCUUACAUUCUUCAUCUAUAAGACAAAGGGAAUUAGACUGGAUGGCAUCAGAGAUCCCUGCUAGCCCUAGCUCUACAAAACUAUGAAGAUAAUUCAAGGUAGCUUUUAUUAGGAUUCUUAAUGUAGCAAUAUUAUUCUAAAAUAUUCUCAAGGACUCAUAAUCAUUCAAUUUCUGUUUUUCUUUAAAUGUUUUUUCUUUAAUUUUUUAAAUGAUAUCUUUUGUU